CAGUGGCUCUAUAGCUGUGUGUUUCAGUCUGUAUGUUAGAAGUCAUCCAGAUGCCUGAGGAGUAAAUCUGACAAGAGAGAGAGAGAGAAAUAGGUAGAGAUGUGGGCUCAUAGGGGGAAAUGGGUCCUACCCCCCACACCUCCUUCUCACCCUGACCUCAGCAUCCUCUUGGCAAGACUUCAGUUGGGCCACAUAGCAUCUUCCUCCAUAAAUCCAAUGGAGACAUUUUUCGGUCUGCGUUUCCGGCGGAAAGCCAGUGAUCCGAGCAGACGCAGGCGUUCCGUCGUGUCAAUUCCUGCUAGUAAAGCGCGUCGUCGCUCCAGUGUGGGCCUCCCCUCAGCCGGACUAGCUCAGAGGCGCAGGUCCAGCACUCAGCUCCAGAUCAGCGACGUGCAGGCAGUGGCGUUGCAGCACAGAAGAGGGCACUUUGCCAGGAGAAGGUCCAGCGGUGCGACAGCUUGUCUGACCCCUCGGUUUUCUAUCCGACGAAGACAGGCUGCCAAACACCGCAGUAUUCACGCCCAGCUCCUGGGGCCGUCUCUGCUCCUUGCCAGUGUGGUGCAGAUGAGCAAUAAAAGUCAAGAUCCUGAAAUGGACGAUAAGAGUGCAGAAGAAUAUUUCUCAGAUAGCGAUGACAGUCAGGAGGAACAAGAGCAGGAAGGAGUGGACUUGGAGACAGAGUCUGAAAAGUGUCGGACGUGGUUUGCUCAGGGUUUGGUGACUGGGGAAAGCAUUCAGCCCCGGCCUCUUAUCCGUGCACCACGUUGCCUGCGGCGAAACUCCUCUCACCUGCUGCCAGCCGAGGCCGUUUAUCGAAGCCCGGCAUUUUAUGGGGUGUAUGGGCGUUACCGUAGGACCAGCCAGGCAGGUGGAUUGUGGACAGGCAGGCGAAGUUCUGCUACAGCUCGAGGAUCAGUUGCACUGUACAGGAAGAGGUCCACUUUCUGCCCAGAUUUCACGCUUUCACAUGCACUGCAGGGAACUUACUACAACCCUCAGACUGACACAUGGAGUGGGUUCCUCUCGAAGGCCAUCGCCAAGUCAGGCCUACAGCACCUCUCAUCCCACCCCAGUGCUUCGGUCCUACCCAAAGGGGAUACGGAGAGAGAAAUACGCAGUACAGUUGACUGGAGUGAAUCGUCUCUGUACGGAGAGCACAUCUGGUUCGAGACAAACGUCUCUGGAGACUUCUGUUACGUUGGAGAACAGCACUGUUACGCCAAAUCACUGCAAAAGUCUGUUGCUCGGAAAAAAUGUGCUGCUUGCAAGAUUGUCGUUCACUCCAUCUGCAUUGAACAGCUGGAGAAGUUAUUGGACUGGAAUGCUCCGCCUCAAGGGGAGGGGCUUGAUGAGGUGCCCCUCAAAGACCCAUCAUUCAGAAUAAACUUCAGAUGUAAACCAUCUUUCAGGGAGUCAGGAUCACGAAACAUUCGAGAACCUGCAGUAGUGCGACACCAUUGGGUCCAUCGGAGAAGACAGGAGGGCAAAUGCAAACAGUGUGGAAAGGGGUUUCAGCAGAAGUUUGCCUUUCACAGUAAAGAGAUUGUAGCCAUCAGCUGCUCCUGGUGCAAACAAGCGUAUCAUAAUAAGGUGACAUGCUUCAUGCUGCAGCAGAUAGAAGAGCCGUGUUCAUUAGGAGCACAUGCCGCCGUUAUAGUACCUCCUACCUGGAUCAUACGGGUUCGUAAACCUCAGUCAUCACUAAAAUCAAGCAAAAAGAAGAAACGGACAUCUUUCAAGCGCAAAUCAAGCAAGAAGGGAGUAGAGGAGGCUCGAUGGAAGCCCUUCAUAGUGAGACCUAUUCCCUCUCAACUCAUGAAGCCAUUGCUGGUGUUUGUAAACCCAAAGAGUGGAGGAAACCAGGGAGCUAAAAUCAUUCAGUCCUUUAUGUGGUAUCUGAAUCCUCGGCAGGUCUUUGAUCUCAGUCAGGGGGGUCCACAGGAGGGUUUGGAGAUGUAUCGCAAAGUUCACAACUUGCGAAUCCUGGCCUGUGGGGGAGAUGGCACAGUGGGCUGGAUCUUGUCCACUCUUGAUCAGCUUCAGCUUAACCCUUCGCCUGCAGUUGCAGUGCUCCCUCUGGGCACAGGAAAUGACCUCGCUAGAACGCUAAACUGGGGUGGGGGUUACACUGAUGAACCUUUAAGUAAAAUUCUGUCCCACGUUGAGGACGGGAACAUUGUCCAACUAGAUCGAUGGAAUCUUAUUGUGAAGCCCAACCCGGAUGCAGGACCAGAAGAAAGAGAUGAGCAGGUGACGGACAAGCUCCCCCUAGACAUCUUCAAUAACUAUUUCAGCCUUGGUUUUGAUGCUCAUGUGACCUUAGAGUUCCACGAGUCUCGAGAGGCCAACCCUGAGAAAUUUAACAGUCGAUUCCGAAACAAAAUGUUCUAUGCAGGAACAGCAUUUUCAGAUUUCUUGAUGGGGAGUUCAAAAGACCUGGCUAAACACAUAAAAGUGGUGUGUGACGGAACAGAUUUGACCUCGAAAGUCCAGGAUUUGAAGCUGCAGUGCCUGGUCUUUCUUAAUAUCCCCAGGUAUUGUGCGGGCACUAUGCCGUGGGGAAAUCCGAGUGAGCAUCAUGACUUUGAGCCUCAGCGCCAUGACGAUGGCUGCAUCGAGGUCAUUGGAUUCACGAUGACAUCACUGGCCACUCUGCAGGUCGGAGGUCAUGGUGAGAGGUUAAAUCAAUGUCGUGAGGUCACUCUCACCACCUACAAGUCAAUCCCCAUGCAGGUGGAUGGCGAGCCUUGUAAGCUAGCACCGUCUGUAAUUCACAUCUCCCUUCGAAACCAGGCCAACAUGGUACAGAAAACCAAAAGACGCACAUCUAUACCGCUGCUCAAUGAUCAGCAGCCAUUUCCAGAAAGGUUACGGAUCAGAGUGAGUCGCAUCAGCAUGCAUGAUUACGAAGCUUUGCAUUAUGACAAAGAAAAACUCAAAGAAGCUUCAAUCCCACUGGGCCUCAUCGUUGUCCCUGGAGACAGUGAUCUGGAAACCUGCCGCGCUCACAUUGAGAGACUACAGGAGGACUUUGUGUCGUGCAACCCGUCUCUGCAGCGACUGGUGCUCCAGGAAGGUGACGGGACCAAAUCAAAGCCUUUGUCGUCUCAGAGGCUGUCAGCCAAAUGGUGCUUUCUCGACUCUACAACAGCAGAUCGAUUCUACAGGAUCGAUCGAGCUCAAGAGCAUCUUAACUACGUAACUGAGAUUUCUCAGGAUGAGUUGUUCGUUUUGGACCCGGAGCUUGUUAUCACAGAGACGGUGGGCACGUCACCAGGCAUGCCAGACCUGGUGGACUCCUCUGAAGAAAUGCCAUCCGGUCCUCACAAAUUCGCCUUUCCUUCAUCGUCCUCUUCUCCACCAAACUCACCUGGACAAAGGGUUGCAGAGCUCCAGAGGAAGCGUGUUUCUAGUGACAGCUCUGUGGCAGAAGCGCUUGCACACAGUGACUCGCUCAGAUCAGCCAAACCGGCUCUCAGCAGGGCGCUGGGUGUUCAUCGCUCAAAUACAACAGCAGCAGAUUUCAAACCGUCCGGCAGGUUUGAGAAGAGCGCCCUGAGCAAUACAAACUCUGUACCUACAGACAGUCUAAUCGAAUGUGUUGGAAAGAAAGAUCAUCAGAAGUUGAAGGAUCUGCAUAAGAAGGGGGCAGACCUCUGCGUGCAGGACCCUAUGGGGCGGACCCUACUGCACUAUGCUGUGGAAGUGGGCAGCAAAGAGAUUGUCAAAUACAUCAUUGAAAAUGCACCUGCAGAUAUCCUGGAUGUAACAGAGAAAGAAAGCGGAGAGACGGUGUUGCACAAAGCGGCCUCGUUGUGUCAUAGGACAAUCUGUCAUUACCUAGUGGAGGCAGGGGCGUCUCUCAUGAAGACAGACUUACAGGGAGAUACUCCAAAGCAUCGUGCAGAGAAGGCAAAGGACGCAGAACUCGCCGCGUAUCUGGAGAACCGUCAGCACUACCAAAUGAUCCAGCGUGAGGACCAGGAGACUGCCGUUUGACCUUUAACCUCUCACCCCUCUCAGCUGGUGUCCUUUCCUUGUGCCAAAACAACAGUAACCAAAAAAUGUAUUACUACACCCUUAGCAGGUUCUCCAGACUGCAAAGAAGGGGUAUCCAUUUCUAGAGGGCGGAGAUGGACGUACAGCUGUCUCCGAAGAGGUCCCUAGCUUUUAUCAUCACUCUCUGAAUGGCAUUCUGGACUUGUGUCUUUUAUUUCAUUGCACUGCCAAACCAUGUCAGUUUGUAUGUAUGUGACAGAACGCAUUUCCUUUAGUGAAAACGCACUCAUGAAGUUUAUUGCUUUUAAGUUUGACAUUGCUGAAUGUUAGAUGAAUAGGAAUCAAAUGUUGGGCUGAAGGAUGAGUGAUGGCCUGUGGGUUAAGCUGUUGCUUUGACCCAUGCUACAUGUUUAAUAUUGCGGUGCUCACUCCGGGUAGUGGUCCAGCAAAUCACUGUCGAUCACCUGCUUGGUGUGUUACCUGAAACAUUUCAAUUUAUUGGCUAAUUUUCUAAUAAGAACGUGGCCGUAAAUUAAUGUGCUGUUGUUUAGAAUGUAACUCUAGAUUUUCCCUGCACUAAAAUGUUCAGGAUGGUUCAAUGAAAGAGAGAGUGGGGUCUGAGACAUAUCAAAACUAUUUACAAUAGAUAAUUGUCAGGUGUGUUGUCGAAAGGGUUUUGCAUUUUCCUAGAUUGAUGUGCUGUUUCGAAUACGAACAUUCGGUACUGUAAACGUAUGUAAGUAGGUUUCUGUUCAAGAGGCAUUUGCACUGUAGCUUUGAUUGCCUUCUUUACUCUCUAAUUUAGAUUUAUAAUUGAUGUACUAAAGUAUAACUUCUUUCCUACUAUAUUUUAAGUAAAUAGAUGUUUAUAUGAUUUGUAGCUAUAACAGAUGUGUUGUCAUUGUAUUAUAAGAGUGUAAAUUUAGAUUUGAAAACAGAUUUCUGUCUCCUGUAUUUGAUUCAGCUUGUGUUUCUCAAGUCUUUGUGAUAAUCACAAGCACACUCCUUAAUAGCUACUUUUUUGUUUUUAUUUGCUCAUGUCUUAAUAGAGAUUCAAGUAUUUAGGAUACUAUUUAUUUUUCAAAAUAGUAAUAAAUUGAAAUAAUUUGGCCUUAAAAUAUUUGUGUUUAGUUAUUGAUAUGACUUAAUUUAUAACAUAAGUUCUUUACAAUAAAUGUCCUUAUUUGGACUCAUUUAAUACAUUGUAUAAAGUUGAACGCAUUUGCUGAUGUCUUUACAAGUGUUCAUUGGCUGUAUACUUUCAGAAAUACAUUUUCAUAACUCUCUGUUUGUUAUAAGCAUUUUUGGCAGGACAAUUUAAGUGUUCAAACAUCCAUCCAUCGAUCCAUCAAUCAAUCCAACCCCACCCUACCCUGACAGCUACAAGACAGGACCCCUGAUGAAUGACAUCAUAAUGCCACGAAUGCUAAACUCGCUAAAUUCCCACAACUCCUACAAUAAAAAUUACCUUAAUGAUUGAUUUUUGAAA